AGGGGUGACUGUGUUAUAUUAUUAUUAACUUAAAUUCAUAUUUAUUUAUUAAUUAAAAUAAUUAUUGAAUAUGAGUGCUACUAAUAAAAGAAAAAUAGACCUCGAAAAUCGAGAAUUUCGAGAUUGCUGGGAGAUAGAUUAUUUAUUUAUUCUGAACCAGAAUGGUAAACCACAGUGUUUGGAAUGUUUACAAAUCAUAGCUGUGUGUAAAGAAUAUAACUUGAAGCGCCAUUAUCUUUCCAUGCAUGAAAAAAAGUAUCAUUCGUACACGCGAGACAUGAAAAUACCACUAGUGAAAAAAAUGAAAAAGCAGCUGGAUCGUCAAACUAAUUAUUUUAAUCAAGAACCAAAAUUUCAAGAAGCAUCUGUAGCUGCAUCGUUUGAAGUUUGUUUAGAAAUAGUAAAGGCAAAGAAGCCAUUUUUGGAUGGAGAAUUAAUUAAAAAAUGUGCCAUAAAAAUGGCUCAAGCAUUUAAUGACAACGAAAUGGUAAGAAAAUUUCAAACAGUAUCACUUUCUCACCAGACUGUAAGCCGACGUGUAAACGAGAUUAGCAUACAUGUCACUAAUAAAUUAGAAAACCUAAUCAAUAGUUGUUGCUAUUUUUCGGUAGCAUUGGAUGAAAGCACAGACAUUUCCGAUACAAGUCAAAUGCUUAUCUUUAUAAGAACUGUAAAUGAAAACUAUAAUUAUUCAGAAGAACUUUUAAAAUUACAAUCAUUACACGGAACAACAAAAGGUGAAGAUAUUUACAAACAAUUAAACUGUGCAGUAGAGCAGUAUGGCGGAUUUGACAAGUGCACUGCUAUUGUAACCGACGGUGCUAGAGCUAUGACGGGCAAAAAUAUCGGGCUCGCGGGACUUUUGCAAAAAGAAGGAAUAACAUGUCGUAUGUUACACUGUAUUAUCCAUCAGGAGGCAUUAUGUGGUUUAUCCCUACAACUAAAAGACGUAAUGGACAAGGUUUGCAAAAUUACUAAUUUAAUUCGCGGCGGAAAUCGUUCUCUUACACACCGAAAAUUUAAAACAUUUUUGGAUGAAUUGGAAACUGAGUAUGGAAAUCUGCUUUUAUAUAGUAACAUUCGUUGGUUAAGUGCUGGAAAGUGCUUGAGGAGAUUCUUUACACUUCGAAAAGAAGUUCAUCUUUUUCUCACAGAAAUUGCCGUCGAUGAAAAUUUGACAGCAAAUUUAGUUGAUAAAAAUUUUAUUUAUUCACUUGCUUCCUUAACGGACAUUACAAAUUAUUUAAAUAUUUUGAAUAAAUCCUUGCAAGGACAAGAUCAAAAUGUGUGUUGCCUUUAUAAAUAUGUUACUGGAUUUAGAAACAAAUUAAAAUUGUUACGGUUUAAUUUGGAGCAGAAUAAUUUAUUUCAUUUUGAAUCUUGCAAAGAGAUCUAUGAAGAAAUGAAAGAAUGUAAUAUAGAAGCGAAUUUUAAAAUAUUUCUACCAAAAUUGGAUAUGCUAAUUACAGAUUUCAAUGAAAGAUUUUCUCAAUUUGAUGAUCUUAAACCGUCUAUUGAUUUAUUUUGUGAUCCAAUUAAUAUUGAUAUCAACUCCGUGGAUCUUAAAUAUCACAUACAAUUAUGCGACCUGCAGGCUGACCCAUUUUUUACAUCUCGUGGAAGCACAUUCAAAACUGCUUUGGCUUGGUGUUUACCAAAAGAACUGUCCAGUAUUAGUACAGCAAACAGUUGUUCCCUCUCUCCAAAUGAAAUAAAAAUCGGUAGGCACUCUUCUUUAGAACUUCUAACAUUCAAGCCAGGUAACAAUUUGCCAUCCCAAUGA